UUCAUACAGUGGCACUUGUAACACCCAAGUUGUGCUGCUUUAUUUCGAGGCUUCCUGCUGUCAGCCACAAACCUGGACUGCAUGGAAUAAGACAACUUCACAGGUGCAGCAGUGCACCAUUACAAAUGGAUGCUGUAGUCCUGAAGAAACGGGGCUACACUCUGGGCAUAUAUUUAGGCGAGGGGUCAUAUGCCAAGGUUAAAUCCGCUUACUCCGAGCGCCGAAAAAUAAAUGUGGCCGUAAAAAUUAUCAACAGAAGGAAGGCACCAAAAGACUUUUUGGAAAGAUUUCUUCCUCGUGAGAUUGAAAUACUGGCGUGCAUCAGCCACCCCAACAUCGUAAAGACUUACGAGAUCUUCGAGACAUCAGAUGGUAAAGUCUACAUGAUCAUGGAGCUCGGCGUACAAGGGAACCUGCUGGAGUUCAUCAAGUGUCGCGGACAACUACCUGAAGAUUUUAGCGCAAAAGUGUUUCGCCAGUUGGCCAUGGCCGUCGAUUUCAUUCAUGGCAAGAGCAUCGUCCAUCGCGAUUUGAAGUGCGAGAAUCUUCUGUUGGACAAGGACUUCAAUUUAAAAGUGGCUGACAUGGGGUUUUGUCGCAGGGUGAACUAUGACGACAACGGCAAUAUGGUCCUGAGCAAAACGUUCUGCGGUUCCACCGCGUACGCAGCUCCUGAAGUUUUACAGGGUCUACCAUACAACCCAAAAACGUAUGACAUCUGGAGCAUGGGUGUCGUUCUUUUCAUAAUGGUGUGUGGGUCAAUGCCAUUCGAUGAUUCAAAUGUCAGCAGGAUGCUGAAGGCCCAAAAGGAGCACCAAGUGCCCUUCCCGCGCUCUAGAGAUCUCUCUGCUGAAUGCAGGAUCUUAAUCAACCACAUGCUCAACCCAGACCCCCUGAAGAGAAUGGACGCUGCUGGCGUCAUGGCGCAUCCUUGGUUGUACCAUAAGUGGAGAGUGGAGGACGUGGAAAAAACACGCCAUGACGGCGUAGGCCCGCCACAACAAGCAUCAAAUGCCUGCACUGUGAAUGGUAAACAGGAUUAAGAGCUGCAAAGUCAUGGCACAAAAAGCAGAGCAUGAUGAACAGCUUUGCCGCCCUGCCAGCCAUCCUACCGCAUCUUCAGGCCUCUGUGAUAGGCCUAACUAUUAAACGGUAGGCCCAUGUUGGCAUUUAUGCA